AUGCAACACCGAGGGCCCAGCAGUGUGAACCAGCUAGGGGGGCUCUUCCUGAACGGCCGCCCCCUCCCUGCCUGCAAGAGGAGGAGGAUCAUCGAGCUGGCGGCAUGUGGCAUCCGGAGCUCCGACAUCUCCCGCAGCCUCAAGGUUUCCAACGGCUGCGUCAGCAAGAUCUUGAGUCACUACUACAGGACAGGGGCCAUGGGGCCCAGAGCCAUGGGGGGCAGCAAGCCCCGCAUGGUCACCCCCGAGGUGGUGGCCAGGAUAGCCCAGAUGAAGCUGGAGCAGCCUUCCCUGUUUGCCUGGGAGAUACGCAGGCAGCUCCAUGCUGAGGGCAUCUGCACCAGCAACAGGAUCCCCAGCGUUUCCUCCAUCAACCGGGUGCUGAGGAAGCUGCCCAAUGACCUGCGGCUGGCAGCUGAGCUGGGCUCUGCGAGGGACACGCAGCCAUGGGUGUCCCCUCUUGCCAUCCCCCGUGCCCCACAUCCCCCAGGAUGCUGCUCACCCACUGAAGCCGGUGCCGCCGUGUGCCCGGGGACCCAGCACCCGUCCCGACGGCUCUCUCCGAGCACCCAGCACAAGAACAGGACGGUCUUCUCCAGGCAGCAGGCGGAGGCUCUGGAGAGAGAGUUCCAGAGGGGGCAAUACCCAGAUACUGACACCCGGCAGAGGCUGGCUGAGGCCACCCAGCUCCCGGACACAACCAUCAGGGUCUGGUUCUCCAACCGGAGAGCGAAGUGGAGGCGGGAGGCCAAGCAGGAGCUGGAGGCGGGAGCUGCAGGUGACAGCCCAGGGCAACAGGGACAGGGCCUGGGGAUCUGA